AUGGCAUCAUAUGAUCUCCUCUACAUGUUCGACUUCAUGGCCAAUUCUAGGGCUAUGAAGCUCAAGAUUCCGACAUUUCGAAGAGCUGACGGCCUUCAUAUCUUCGGGUCAGAUGCAAUAACCCUGUAUAUUUCCGAAUCAGCACCCUGUCGGGACCAGCUUCUUGGCCACGGUGCUACUGAGCGGGCCCUUAUACAUCAGUGGAUCUGCAUGGUCAACAAUGAUGACGUGGCUUAUGUUGCCGUUGAACCGUUUGAAGGGGCGUACUGGGUUUACAACUACUCUGCAUUGACACUGGCGGAUAUAUCCAUGGCAUGCACCUUGUACUGGGGAUUCAAGUCUAUUAUCGACCGUGAGAUGCGCCAUACUUACCCUCACAUCAUGGGAUGGUAUUCGAGGACUUCGAACGACGAUGGAGUGAAAAGCGCCUUUGGCGGGAUUGACCUGAUUGAAAAACGUCAAAUAUCGCCGCAAUAG